AUUGAUAUGAAGAGGGAGUUCCAAGCCCAAGGGAGGACUCGGGCGAGGCGUUGGUAAUGAGAUAGAUGAGCUCCAAGUGCCCCCCGGCCGGUACCCCAUCAACCCCUCCUCCUGGCUUAACCUGCCCUCCCUCAUCCCUCCUUCCUCCCCUUUCCUCCCUCCCCCCUCCCCUGUGAGCCACAGGACAGCAGCAGCUGGGCCGUGGAGGGUGUGGACAGGUGUGGGUGUGGCAUAUGUGCAUGGACCCCUCUGAGUCCAGCCUGAAGCAGGUGAGAUGACUUUUCCCAGGCAUUUGGCUACUACGGAGUGACCUUGGCCUGGUAACCUGGAAAAAGGAAAAGGUCCAUGACCCACUAUAGGCUGGCUGGAGGAUGGCCCUUCUGGCCUGGCUGUGUCUGCAGGUCUCCCAGAGGUCAGGGGUCCUGCUCAUGACGCAUCUUUUUGGCCCAGUAGGGUCAGUGUGCAGAAGGCCCAGAGCCCGGCCGGGUGGGGAGUCAUCCGUGCGAGGGCCUGAGGCCGGCUCUCCCGGCUGCCGGAGCAGAGUCGUCCCAUCCGCCGUUGGUGGGGCCUGGCGUCGGAGACCACCCGUCAUCGGGGGGCCAGCGCCAUUGAGCAUCACCGUCGCCCUCGUCGGGUGCCGUUGUCGCCGGGGGCCGUCGUUCUGGUUUUCUCACCUGGCGCUUCCCCAACCCCUCGGCUAGGAUGCUGAGGCUCCCCAAGAAAGGGGUGGUCCGGAACGAGCAGGAUGAGACCACCCUCCUGGCCAAUUUGGCGGUGCAGAGAGACGCGGGCGCCUUCUUCGACAAGUAUGACCGGAGCGAGAUGCAGGAGCUGCUGAGCACGGCCACCGUCAGCUGGCUGGCCACCAAGGAGGACCCCCACUGGUCCCUGGACGUCCCCAGCGGGCUCAUCAGCCAGCUGAAGAGCAUCGGCUUCUCCAGGGUCAUCCUGCUGACCCCCGUGGACCCGGACGCCCCCCUGGACUUCCGCGAGGUCCACCAGAUCAUCAGGGAGGUGACCGUCGGCAUCUUCUCGCUGAACCAGAUCCCGUCCAUCAGCCUGGAGCCCAACUUCGACCAGAGCACCAGUUGUCAGCUGCCGCCCGCCUACCUGGACACUCUAGUCGGCCAGAUCCUCAUCGGUGUUGACUACAUGCUCAAAGCCCUGUGGCACGGCAUCUACAUGCCCAAGGAGAAGCGGGUUCGCUUCUCCGAGCUGUGGCGCUCCAUCAUGGACAUCGGCCCCAACGGCAGGCCUCAGACCGACAGAGACAUUUUUGCGGAGUUUUGCACGGCAGGUCUGGCCGAUCUCUCGGACGACCCCGAUUUUAAGGGCAUCUACGACGAGGACAUGAACUCGGACCCGACCUACGACCCCGACAGCCCCGAGGAGAAGGGCUUGUUCAUGCGGUUUGUCGAGCACGUGCUGCUGCAGCUGGCGUUCAGCACCACGCGCCUGGAGCAGCACGAGAACGUGUUCGUGUUCGAAGCGGCCUACUGGCUGGGAGACGCCGUGCGCUGCACCGAGGAGCAGCUGGGCAUGGGCACCUACCAGCGGCUGCAGCAGCGCCUCACCCUGCACAGGAAGCUCGUGCAAAAGCACCUGGAGCGGAAGGGCGAGACCAAGAGACACAUGGGCUACCUGAAGCUCAUAGCGUUCAUCAUCCCGCUCUUUCUGGGCUUGAAGAAGAAGAUGAAGGUGCCCAACCUCAGUCACCUGCUUCCUCCCUUUUCAGAUGACAAAGUCAAGACCGAGCGGGAGCUGCCUCCGUUCAUUCUGGGGCGAGAUUUCCGGUGCCGCCACUUUGAGUACUUAGAGAAUGAGUACUUCCACAUGCAUGGAGGAAUUCAGUUUGACAUCAGUACAGCGUCCAUCGAAGAAGCUCUGGAAGAGAUUCAGGAGGCUUAUGAUGAUAUCCAGAACUGUGCUUCUUGUAUGCUUCUGGAAUCAGAUUCAUCGUAUAGAGCACACUAUCCCAUUCCCAUCAUGGAAUUUCAUGGAAGAAGCUACUACGUGAUCGGCAUCGAGCUGGAAACGUUCUACCAGCAGCUGUUUAAGACUCAGUGGUGGGGGGCCAUCAGCGAGAUCAUGAACACCCUGAGGCCAAAAAGGCUUCCACUGUCCGACAUUCAGUUGCACGAGCAGUUCAAGAAAAAAUUUGGCUUCAAAAAAGCUAUAAAAUGCAAGAGUCUGCCCUAUGGCAUGAAGUCUGCCGCCGAAAGAGGGCUGACUGCCAUCUUUUACACAUUUUGCCGCAAGACGUCCACCUCGAGCCUCAAUGUCAUCGACGAGUUGGGCUAUGCCAUUCUGCAUCACGCAGCCCUGCACAACCGGGUGCCCAUUAUCUGCCAGCUGGCCAACGUCCACCUCAACAUCAACCAGAGGCGCUACAUCUUGUCCAACCAAGGAAAAGAUUUAACAAAACCCCACAACAAAAGCGAGAGAAAUGUCCUAGGGGUGACCCCACUCCAUCUGGCCGCCCAGUGUGGGUCCCUGGAAGCUCUGAACUGCCUGCUGGUCCUGCGGGCGGACAUGGGGCUGCCGGAGCGGCGGGGAUGGCUGCCCAUCCACUACGCCGCCUUCUACGACAACAUCUGCUGCAUCAUCGUCCUCUGCCGGAAGGAGCCACAGCUACUGGAGGCCGAGACCGUGGCCGAGGACCAGUGCACUCCACUGCUCCUGACGGUGAUGUCUGGGGCCCUGGACACCUUCCAGUACCUGUUUUCCCUUGGGGCGAACUGGAAAAAAACAGACCAGAAAGGGCGGAACGUCAUCCACCUGUCAGUGCUCAACUUCCACCCCGAAGUGGUCAAGCACCUCAUAGAGCUGGACAUCCCCGAGCUACCCGUCUGGAAGACUCUGGUGGAGAUGCUGAACUCUGAAAAUUCCAAGCAGCGGCUGAUGGCAGUCAAGUCCUUGGAAGUCAUUUGCCUGGCAGAAGCCCAGUACUGGAAGUACAUUUUAGACGCAGGCACGAUCCCGGCCUUGGUGCAGCUGCUGGGUGGGCCCCGGCUGAAACUGAAGCUCUUGGCGGCCGGGGUGCUGAGCAACCUGAGCCCACACGGCCUCGUUGGCCAGGCCCUGGUGGACAACGGUGGCGUCGCCCUCCUCGUCAACCUGCUGUGCUCCGACCAGCCUGAGUUGCAGGCCCGCUGCGCCGUCAUCCUCUACGACAUUGCCCAGCUGCCCGGGCACCAGGGCCUGGUCGCAGAGCAGAAUGGAAUCCCCAAUCUGAUCCACCUACUGAAGUCCAACAUGAAGGACUUGUUGGUGAAUGUCAUGAACUGCAUCCGCGUAGUGUGCGUGGGGAAGCCGGCUAUUCAGAAGGCUGUGCGAGACCACGGCGGCCUCCCGUUCUUCGUCGGCUUUCUCCAUUCUGAAUCAGACGUCCUGGCCGCCACUUCCGCGGCCGCCGUGGCCGAGAUCGCCCGGGGCAACACGGAGCUGCAGGAUGCGAUGGCGAUGGAGGACGCCCUCGGGCCCCUCGUCGCUCUCUUCAGGGGAAGACCCACAAGCGUCCAGGUGAAAGGCGCCAUGGCCGUCGAGGCGCUUGCCGACCACAACACCGUCAUUCAGAAGUGCUUCCUGGAGCGCUCGCUGACCAAGUGCCUUCUCAAGCUCCUGAAGGCGUUCGAGCUGACGGUCAAGGAGCAGGGGGCCGCCGCCCUGUGGGCCCUAGCGGGGCAGACCCUGAAGCAGCAGAAGUUCAUGGCCGAGCAGAUCGGCUACAACGUCAUCAUCGACAUGCUGCUGGCGCCAUCGGAAAGGAUGCAGUACGUGGGUGGCGAGGCCGUCAUAGCCCUGUGUAAGGACAGCCGCCUCCACCAGAACCAGAUCUGCGCGGGCAACGGCAUCGCCCCGCUGGUCCGUUUACUGAGGAGCGCCAAGAUCGCCGUGGGCACGCUCCUUAGCGUCAUCAGAGCCGUGGGCACCAUGUGCAUCGGGGUGGCCCACAGCAGUAACGCGUUGAGCCAACAGUUCGUGGUGGAGGAGAAGGCCUUCCCUGUCCUGAUCCACCUGCUCAGGACUCAUCCGUCGUCUCAGAUCCAGGUCGAAGUGGCCUAUUCCUUGGCGUGCAUCGUUCUCAAGAACAGCGACCUGCAGGAAGAGCUGCAGCUGAAGGAAGGCUUUCAGUACGCUGAUGUUCUUCAUCUGCUUCAGUCUCCGGAAAAGGAUAUCCGCCUGCGGGCCGGCUAUGCCGUGUCCCUUUUUGCCUUCAACAAUUGCCUGCAACAGUUCCUGAUCCUGGAGAGCGGGACCAUCACAAUAUCCAUCUUCGAACCUUUCCUGACUUCGGACAUCGAGACGGAGAAGGCCAUGGCUGCGUUCCAGAUUGUCGUGUUAGCCAAAGUGAUCGUCGAUGUGGAGCAGAUCCAUGUGACGGCCAGAGGGGUCACCCUCUUGACCACACUCCUCAACUCCGAAAGCCCGGCCACACUGGCGCUGACAGAAUCUGAGCGGGAAAGGGACCUGGUAAAAGGCACAAGAAGAAAGGAAAAACAAGAAGACUCCCCCACCCCCCCGAAACGAGGAGGACAGGGAUAGGUACAACAAAAAGACAAAUGGAACCGUCGGCUGCUGUGGCUCGAGGAACAGAUUUUUGUGGCUGCUUGCAGCCCGGAGUCCAACAGUCACAGACACAGCUACGGCGACCACCACCUCAGCUACGACCUGACCAGUGUCCUCCGACGUGUGGGGGCCACAGGCCACCGCUGCCUCCCCCAUCCCUCCUGGUGAGACGGAACGAGGCGGGUGAAGGUGGGCCCGGGGCCCCAGGUGACCCUCAUCUCGGCCACCUGGCGGGGCGAGGGGCUUCCACCGCUCCCGCCCGUGUUGCACCUGUCGGGCUGGAGCCCGGCGACCUGCCACUAUCACGCCCACCUUGGGAGGCCUCACUUGGGACUGGACCCCGGGGAGCUGCCUGGAGCCUGAUUUUGCCAAGCCCAGGAGACUCAGCACCAAGAGAAGCCCGGAAAUGCUCAACCCAACGCUUCCCCGUCACGUCGGGAAAAGGGUGUUCAGAAGUAAAAACGCCAGCGGCUUGGCUGAAGGCCCUGAGAAGUGGGAGGACUUGCAGGCCGGAGUCGGGCCCCGGCCUGAGAGGUACCCGAGGGAGGGUUGGCUGGGCCUGUCCGUCACUCGCUCAAUGAGCCAUUCCCGGUUUGGUUGGCAGGGAAUCUGAUCGCCAGCCUGGCCCACACCCG